AGAGGGUGGUAGGUGUGUCUCCACAGUGGGGGACCAGAUCUCUCUCUGGCCCCAAAGACUGCUUCAAGCCUCUGGAGGAGCACUUUGCCCCAGGCUGGGGUGUGACUGCUUCUGGUUUAGGGUUGCUGCCUGUGCAGGUGGCCUUCUUGUCGGUCUUGUCUGCUGCAUGGGGGUGUGGUCUCCUGUGGAUGGCCCCUGUCCUGGGUGGUACUGUUGCAGGACCUGGGUUUCCGGGGGUGUCCGGGAGUCGGAUGGGCCUCACUCUCCUGGCCUCCACUGGGUCCAGGAGUGGCGAUCUGUGAGCCAGUGGCCGUGGCUGGGGGCAGCCUGGGGUGGGUGAGAGGCCCUGGGCAGCUACCUUGCGUCUCUGAGUUUGUCCUCAUGUGUCUCUGGUCCUGGGGCUGGAACUCGGUGUCCGACCUGGUGAUGGGUCAGGUGUGAUCAGGUGUGUGGGGCUCGGUCUGCAUGUGCAGGGCUGUUUGAAGGCCUGCGGGGCCGUCUGAUGCCCCCCUUUUCUUCAGCCUCGGAGAGGAUGGCUUCUCAGGCUGCCUCGCUGCAGAUUUGCAGUCUGGUUGCUGUCGUUCCUGAAAUAGCCUCUGAAGCUCUGUCCGGGAAGGGAACCUUGAGUGUGGAGGAGAUAAGCCUGCUGACUGGGUGAGCCGGCCGGGGCGGGGGGUGGCCCCUCUUCCCUUCCUCCCCUGCAGCUUCCAUGGCCUGGGGCUGUGAGAGGCCCGGGAAGGCACUGUCUUUGCGCCUGCACAUGUGUGUGUCUGGAGUGUAGGAUGGCACUGGUGCCGGGCCUGGAUUUACUCAGCCCAGAUCAUGGCUGCUUUUGUUUACGUGGCCCCUGCUCUCACCCACAACUCCAGGUUUCUGGCUCUCGGGAAUUUGAGGCCUGUGGCUGCUGUGGACCCUGGAAAAGAGCCUGUGCUUCCUGAGCCAGUGCGGGGCCUGGCAUGGACUUCCUCAUCGUACUGGUCUGCCUCAUCUUCAGCGUGCUGUCCACCAUCGAGCAGUAUGCCGCCCUGGCCACGGGGACUCUCUUCUGGAUGGAGAUCGUGCUGGUGGUGUUCUUCGGGACGGAGUACGUGGUCCGCCUCUGGUCCGCCGGCUGCCGCAGCAAGUACGUGGGCCUCUGGGGGCGGCUGCGCUUUGCCCGGAAGCCCAUUUCCAUCAUCGACCUCAUCGUGGUCGUGGCCUCCAUGGUGGUCCUCUGCGUGGGCUCCAAGGGGCAGGUGUUUGCCACGUCGGCCAUCAGGGGCAUCCGCUUCCUGCAGAUCCUGAGGAUGCUACACGUCGACCGCCAGGGAGGCACCUGGAGGCUCCUGGGCUCCGUGGUCUUCAUCCACCGCCAGGAGCUGAUAACCACCCUGUACAUCGGCUUCCUGGGCCUCAUCUUCUCCUCGUACUUUGUGUACCUGGCUGAGAAGGACGCGGUGAACGAGUCAGGCCGCGUGGAGUUCGGCAGCUACGCAGACGCGCUGUGGUGGGGGGUGGUCACAGUCACCACCAUCGGCUAUGGGGACAAGGUGCCCCAGACGUGGGUCGGGAAGACCAUCGCCUCCUGCUUCUCUGUCUUUGCCAUCUCCUUCUUUGCACUCCCAGCGGGGAUUCUUGGCUCGGGGUUUGCCCUGAAGGUGCAGCAGAAGCAGAGGCAGAAGCACUUCAACCGGCAGAUCCCGGCGGCAGCCUCACUCAUUCAGACCGCAUGGAGGUGCUAUGCUGCCGAGAACCCCGACUCCUCCACCUGGAAGAUCUACAUCCGGAAGCCCCACCGGAGCCACACUCUGCUGUCACCCAGCCCCAAACCCAAGAAGUCUGUGGUGGUAAAGAAAAAAAAGUUCAAGCUGGACAAAGACAAUGGGGUGACUCCUGGAGAGAAGAUGCUCACAGUCCCCCAUAUCACAUGCGACCCCCCAGAAGAGCGGCGGCCGGACCACUUCUCCGUCGACGGCUAUGACAGUUCUGUAAGGAAGAGCCCAACACUGCUGGAAGUGAGCAUGCCCCAUUUCAUGAGAACCAACAGCUUCGCCGAGGACCUGGACCUGGAAGGGGAGACUCUGCUGACACCCAUCACCCACAUCUCACAGCUGCGGGAACACCAUCGGGCCACCAUUAAGGUCAUUCGACGCAUGCAGUACUUUGUGGCCAAGAAGAAAUUCCAGCAAGCGCGGAAGCCUUACGAUGUGCGGGACGUCAUUGAGCAGUACUCGCAGGGCCACCUCAACCUCAUGGUGCGCAUCAAGGAGCUGCAGAGGAGGCUGGACCAGUCCAUUGGGAAGCCCUCACUGUUCAUCUCCGUCUCAGAAAAGAGCAAGGAUCGCGGCAGCAACACGAUCGGCGCCCGCCUGAACCGAGUAGAAGACAAGGUGACGCAGCUGGACCAGAGGCUGGCACUCAUCACCGACAUGCUUCACCAGCUGCUCUCCUUGCAUGGUGGCAGCACCCCCGGCAGCGGCGGCCCCCCCAGAGAGGGCGGGGCCCACAUCACCCAGCCCUGCGGCAGUGGCGGCUCCGUCGACCCUGAGCUCUUCCUGCCCAGCAACACCCUGCCCACCUACGAGCAGCUGACCGUGCCCAGGAGGGGCCCCGAUGAGGGGUCCUGAGGAGGGGUUGGGGCUGGGGGAUGGGCCUGAGUGAGAGGGGAGGCCAAGAGUGGCCCCACCUGGCCCUCUCUGAAGGAGGCCACCUCCUAAAAGGCCCAGAGAGCAGAGCCCCACUCUCAGAGGCCCCAAUACCCCAUGGACCAUGCUGUCUGGCACAGCCUGCGCUUGGGGGCUCAGCAAGGCCACCUCUUCCUGGCCGGUGUGGGGGCCCCGUCUCAGGUCUGAGUUGUUACCCCAAGCGCCCUGGCCCCCACAUGGUGAUGUUGACAUCACUGGCACGGUGGUUGGGACCCAGUGGCAGGGCACCGGGCCUGGCCCAUGUAUGGCCAGGAAGUAGCACAGGCUGAGUGCAGGCCCACCCUGCUUGGCCCAGGGGUAUUCCUGAGGGGAGACAGAGCAACCCCUGGGCCCCAGCCUCAAAUCCAGGACCCUGCCAGGCACAGGCAGGGCAGGACCAGCCCAUGCUGACUACAGGGCCGCCGGCAAUAAAAGCCCAGGAGCCCAUUUGGAGGGCCUGGGCCUGGCUCCCUCACUCUCAGGAAAUGCUGACCCAUGGGCAGGAGACUGUGGAGACUGCUCCUGAGCCCCCAGCUUCCAGCAGGAGGGACAGUCUCACCAUUUCCCCAGGGCACAUGGUUGAGUGGGGGGGGAACACCCACUUCCCUGGGUUAGACUGCCAGCUCUUCCUAGCUGGAGAGGAGCCCCGCCUCUCCGCCCCUGAGCCCGCUGUGCGUGGGGCUCCCGCCUCCAACCCCUCGCCCAGUCCCAGCAGCCAGCCAAACACACAGAAGGGGACUGCCACCUCCCCUUGCCAGCUGCUGAGCCGCAGAGAAGUGACGGUUCCUACACAGGACAGGGGUUCCUUCUGGGCAUUAUGUCCCAUAGAAAUCAAUAAUUUGUGGUGAUUUGGAUCUGUGUUUUAAUGAGUUUCACGGUGUGAUUUUGAUUAUUAAUUGUGCAAGCUUUUCCUAAUAAACGUGGAGAAUCACAGGC